CACACCCCCAAGAAAUACACCAUUUCCUGCUUUCCUCCAAGCCCAUUUCAAAUCUGCUGUGAUCGUUUCCACUUCUCGGCCAAUCCGUUCUCGAGAAUGUGUUAUGGUCACCAUCGUUCCUUGUCACCUGACCGGCGAAGCCCAUUACAGGGCCACCGGUUCCUAAAUGACAACGCACCCGUGGUAGAGGAUCUAAGGGGCCGGCUUGCUGAGACCGAAGCUCGGCUCGAGCGUGCGAGGGCCCGGGAAGCCGAGCUCAGCCUCCGCCUCGAUGAGAUGAAGCGCUUCGUCGCUGUGAUGGAGAUCCUCGAGUCCUACCUUAAGCGCCGGUUUCGCGAGCAGGAAGAAUACGUGACCCGCAUCUUCUCCUAGUGGUUUCAUUCUCGGUGAUUUCAACAGAUACUUCCACUGUUAAUAUGUCUUUUUUUUACUGCUAUUUGUGUGUUGCCUAUAUUGCUUUACAAUGAUUAUAUGUAGUUACUGUGAAAUUAUGGAAUAUCAGGAAUUUUAAGCUUUUGUUUUUGUGUUUU